GAGCACGAGCACGGGGCGUUGGCCCAUCAUCCUGGCGGCGGCGCGGAGCAGCGGACCCGGCGCGGAACCUUCUGGAGAAAGAGAGACACACUCCGAACAACGCCGCUUCACCGCGCCGCGUGACACCCUACCCCGCCCGCCGCCGCGGCCACCAAUGGCCGCCCGAGCCGAACGCCCGGCACCCAAUAGGGAUACAGGACCUCACGUAUAGGACCCGCCCCCCUACACUUCACCAAAAGCUCGGUUGAGCGGUGACUCCCUGCGCAUGGGGCCUCGAUUGGAACUGCCGCUGUUGGGAGGGGAACAGGCAAUAGUGCGCAUGCGCCACACUGUCGGGAGACUGCGCCUGCGCGAUUAUUCGGACGAGGUGCUUUCACACAUGCGCAGUGCCCAGGGUCGUGGUGAGGCGCAUGCGUACAAGCUCCGAGCAGCGGUUGGAUGGACAGAGACGGGGAGCCCGGCCUGCGUCCGUCGCGCUCGGGUUUCGGCCAUGCCGGCUGUAGAGGCACAAGCUCUGUUCCUCCUCAGAUGGAGCCAGAAACAGAUGCUCAGGAAGAAAAACAACACUGGAAGAACACAGUGAGACGAUCCACUCAAAGCCCACGAGAGGACAACUUUGAAGGCCCUUCCUCUUCUUUUAAGAAGCUAUGUCCUGCCAAACCCUCCCCCAGCUUUCUUGAGCUUCCAUCUUCCCAACGGAGGCCCAGCCCAGGUCUACCCUGUGCCCAGGCUUCAAGGAAAGGACAGAAAAAAUUCACCCCUGAUCAUCAGCCACAGGAAUGCUACGGCCUACUGGAGUGCAUGCACAACAACAUCCAGAUCCAAACCCAGAUCGCUCUGGUACAAUUGAGCAUCCUGGAAGGCUUGCAGGAAUCCAUGAACUUGCUUCUGGUUAGCGACGAGAAGAGGAAGGAGCAGAGAGACCAGGAGGGCCUGCAAAGUUCAGUCUCCUCCCCCACCUAACAUAUCCAUAGAUUUGGUGGCUAGCUUUGAUUCCCAUAGUCUCAUCCCUGCGGCCUCGUCUCCUUUGGGUUCACUCUGGCACUGGCUAUCAAGUAUAUAGCUACAGGAUUGGGGUUUGUGUUACCAUGACAACUGAUAGGGCUCUGCUAGAGGUGCUGCUUGGAAGUAAAACUAUUGUAAAUA